AUGGCUCCUAUGACCAACCAACAAGGACAUUCUUCUUCUUCUUCUUCUUCUGUAACUCAAGAUCCAUGGACAUAUGAUGUGUUUGUGAGUUUUAGAGGUAAGGAUACGCGCACCAAUUUUACAGAUCAUUUGUACAAGGCCUUGUCCGAUAAGGGGAUCUACACCUUCAUUGAUCGUGAGCUUAUAGGAGGAGAAAAAAUCUCACCGGCCCUUCUUGAAGCAAUUGAAGAGUCACGGAUUUCUCUCAUUGUAUUCUCUGAAAACUAUGCAUCCUCAAGGUGGUGCUUGGACGAACUCGUUGAGAUCCUUCGAUGCAAAAGCUCAAUGAAUCAAAUAGUUUGGCCCAUAAUUUACAAAGUGGACCCUUCGCAUGUACGGAACCAAACAAAUAGUUUUGGAGAUGCAUUUGCUGACAUGAACUGCAGAUUUAAGGAUAAUACGGAGAAGGUGCUAAGGUGGAGGAGCGCUCUUAGAGAAGCAGCAAGUUUGAAGGGAUAUACUUGCAAGGCGGGAGAGUCUGAAGCUACAUUUAUCAACCACAUCGUUGAAGAGAUUGUAGUCCUAGUGCUGAACCGCACAUAUUUGAAUGUGGCAAAGUACCCAAUUGGAAUUCACUCUUGUGUAAGAGCUGUGGAAAUGCUUUUAUGUGCUGGUGGGGAUGGUCGCCGCAUAGUUGGGAUAUGGGGGACAUCUGGAAUAGGCAAGACAACAAUUGCGAAAGCUGUUUAUAAUGCAAUUGCUCAUAAGUUCGAAGGGUGUUGUUUCUUGGCAGAUGUUAGAGAAAAUUCAAUGCCACAUGGAGGCUUAAUCCAACUGCAGGAGACUCUUCUUCAAGAGAUUCUAGGUGGCAAAAAGUUGAAAAUUGUUAGUGCUGAUAAAGGUAUCUCUAUUAUACAUAAAUUGCUAAGGCAUAAAAGGAUUCUCUUAAUUCUUGAUGAUGUGAAUCAAUUGGAGCAAUUAGACAACUUGGCUGGAGUUGGUUGGUUCGGUGAGGGUAGUAGAGUCAUCAUAACUACACAAGAUAGCGGAUUGCUAAAAUGUUAUGGAAUUGAGUUGAUAUACGAGGUCCAUAAGUUAUAUGACAACCAAGCUCUUGAGCUUUUCAGUUUGAAUGCCUUCGGAAGAAAUGAACCUCCAAAUGAUUAUUUGGAACUCGCAAAACGAGCAAUAGCCUAUGCUCAAGGCCUUCCACUAGCUUUAACACUUUUAGGUUCCCAUCUUCGUAAUAAAGGUAUACAUCGUUGGCAAGCUAUAUUAGAUGGUUACGAAGGAGAACCUUAUUUAGGUAUUCAGAAAAUACUUCGAAAAAGUAAUGAUGCAUUGGAAAAUUCAAUGCAACAAGUUUUUCUUGACAUUGCAUGCUUCUUCAAGGGUGAAGAUAAGGACUAUGUGAUACAAGUACUAAGAAGUUGUAAGCAGAAGGUCUCCCAAGAUUGUAUAGAAGUACUCGUUGAGAAGGCAAUCAUAACUAUUGAAUGUAAUAGGAUUUGGAUGCAUGACUUGCUAGAAAAAAUGGGAAAGGAUAUAGUUCACGAAGAGUGCCCCAUUGAGCCUGGCAAGCGUAGUAGAUUAUGGUUUCAUGAGGACGUCUACCUUGUUCUAACAGGAAAUACAGGCACAGGAAAAAUUAAAGGCAUCAUGAUGGAGUUUCCCAAGCCAAAUGCGAUAACAUUCACUACUACGUUUCACUAUUUGCGCGACGAAAUAUUGCGCGACGAAGAUCAACUCGUCGCGCAAACCAUAAUUGCGCGACGAAAAUACAUAUUCGUCGCGCAAUCCACUGAAAAUUUGCGCCACCAAACUUUUUCGUCGCGCAAAAUGUAUAUGCGCGACAAAACAAUUUUUCGUCGCGCAAACAGAGUUAAAAAAAGCGGGGGGAAUUUUUUUAGCGCGAAACAUUUGCGCGACGAGAAAUAUCGUCGCUGGAGGCAACAUUGCGCGACGAACAAAUUCUCCGUCGCGCAAAUAGGACAAUCCCCUGAUUUAGCGCGACGGAAAGACGUUUCGUCGCGUAAGAGAACAAGAGAUAUUUUAUUUUUUGGCGCCAAAAAUGACCUGGGUGGGAUAUUUUUUUUGCGCGACGUACUUACGUUUCGUCGCGUAAAGUUCAACGUUUACGCGACGAAUAUCUUGUUUUGCGCGACGGAAUUUUGUUUUUGCGCGUGCGACGAAAGUUUGCGCGACGGAAAGUACCAGCGUCGCGCAAAAGUUAGAUGUCGGCAGGUGUUUGCGCGACGAAAAAAUGGGUUUGCGCGACGAAUAAUUUGGUUUUUUGCGACGGGAGUUUGCGCGACGAAUAAGUAUGUUCGUCGCGCAAAGUCCUUCUUCUUCAUAUUAGAAUUCUGCCAUUGCAGAGGCAGAAUGCAAAAACAAAGCAUUCUGCCUCUGCCUCUCUCUCAACCUCUCUGCUGCUGCUGGGAUUUCAAUACAUUGAUUGGGCUUAAUUAUGUAUAUGCCCCAUGUGCUUUCCAACUUAUCUCAGAUUACCACCUGUGGUGGAAAACGUCUCAAAGUACCCCCCAACGUUCAAAAAACUGUCUCACAUUACCCUUUCCGUCAGUUUUUUUGAAGUUCCGUUAUGAACGUUACUGUUCAUCUCCCCCAAAAUUCCAGAACAGCAGCUCCUCCCAUUUGUUACUGUUCAUCGCACCAGUUUUUGGGCUGCCAUCGCCUCCUCCGGCCACCCCAAGCGACGACAUGGAUAUCAAAAGAACCAGCACGUUGUCCUCUACCACUCUCACAUCUCAGCCGCUACCAACCGUCGUCUGGAUCACCGAAAAAAGCAAGAAAUUGGCCGGUUUUUACCCAAAAUCUCCAUUGCUCGUUCGGGCGAUUCCGAGCACCAUUUUCUUCGAUCCAUGUAUGAUUUUUCAACCUCUCGAGUUGUUCUUGCUGCUAGUUGUGUUGGUUAGGAGAAAUUUCUGA